AUGAACUUGGACAUUCGGCCAGACUUGUUCCGCUGCACCUUCGGGAACUGCAAUCAGCUGUUCGUGCAUAAGAGCGAUCUGAAUCGUCAUCUUAAAGCUCACUACACAAAGGGUAGGUAUCAGUGCCCACGUUGCAGCCGCUUCUUCAACCAGGCUGCCAAUCUGGAGAGUCAUAUGAACAGCCAGCAUCUUGGCCUUAAACCAUACCGCUGUCCGAACUGUGUUGUCACGACUGCUAACAAAGGCUCACUUCUCCGCCAUCGCAAGAGACAUCAUAAUUACGUGCCCAAGAAGUACCGCAAACCUCAGGAUGUUAUCAAGGAGGCGAAGGAGAAGCGGACUGGUCCUCUGUACGUCAAAAAGAUCUCAACAUUGGCCGCCACUCGACGCACCAUUCGAGCCACUACCAUCACCUCCCCUUCCACCGUCUCCCCUUCUCCUUCCCCUUCGAAAUAUCCUGCUACUCCUUCUUCGUCUAAAGUCAUGGAUGAUUCCUGUUCGUUGGACUGGAACAUGGAGAUGCCGACACUCCCACAAGCCAAAGAAGUUUACCCCGCAGCCAGGGCCGGCUUCCCUCUUGAAGGACUGUCCCCAACAACUAUCGAGGCAUCGUUGUCGCUCUUCUCCCUCCUCGAUCGUCCCUAUCAACCCCUUCCGGCUCGACAGACGGCUAUGACAACGAGCGGCGUAUUCAACGAGCAGGGGUCCGAAGCCUCUACAUCCGCCUUGGCCAACUACUCUGCCGCCACCGACGCUGAUAUCGCAGACAUCUGCAAGGAUCUCUUUGGAACACGAGUUCCAUCCCCCGACUCAGAAUCAUUCAAGUUCGCGUCUUUCAAAUUCGAAGAGGCGCUUCCAGAGUGGAUGGGGCCCUUCGACUUUGCCUUUGACGAAGAAUCGAUCGGAGUAGCAUCGAGGACGCGAAAAUGA